CAAUCGGGUCUUGCAACUUCACAAAAUCGUGAUAACAUUUGAGCUCAGUAGUUCAAGCCCCGAUUGCAACCCGUUGCCCCCCCCACACCCGCCCCCUUUCUGACAGCUUCUGUUGUUACCAGGGGGCUGCUCUGAGCAAUGCAGGCAGAAGAAGGAAAAGCAGUAGGGCUGCCAUUGCCAUGAUCUGCUUUCCAAAAAAAGGAGAUGGGAGCUCCAGCCGGAUUAGAUAGUUUCCUCCCCACCACCACCACCACCUCCCGCGGGUCUGGACCUAAUCCUGGAAGAACAUGUCACACGUGCAUCAUCAUAACUCUGGAACCUAAAUGCCCAACGUCCCAAAGGGAGCUCCAAAUGGCAUGCAUCAUCCCUCUCGAUCCCUAUUUGUGUGUUGGGCGUUUUGUUUGUUUUGCAUGGGUGCGCGUGCAUUCUUACAACCAGCACAGCACCGGGGGGGGGGGAGAGGACAUAUCGGGGAAAUCUGCCACCCUUUCUAGCUCUGAGCCUGCCUCGGGCGGCCACUGGGGUUAUGCCCACCGCAGGUCGUGCGCACGCUUGCGGGAACCCGGAGGCGGGGACGGCGGCGACGCGCCUGGGGUUUUGCUCGCUUCCCCUCCGCCCGGUUCCUCCUCCUCUUCGCCUUCCUCCUCCUCGCCUGGGGAAAGAAAGAGGACCGUCGCGGGGCCGGACUUAACGGGCUGCAAAAGCCGGCUCGGAGUUGAGCUGACAUUGACAGCCCCGAGGCGCAAUUGACAGACCCGGCGCGCAAGGGCGCUGGCCAUCCUGGGGGGAUAAAGGGACGCCGCCUCUCCCCCUCUGUCCUUGCAGGCGCCUGCCUUUUUUGCAAGAGCCCCAAACAAGCCCUCUCCUCCCUUUGCACCCAGUUGUCCUCCUCGCCCUUCUCUCUCUCCCCCCCCUUUCUCUUUUGACCCAGAUGCCCGGGUCUCCAUCCUCACCGGCUUGCCCUCUCCCUCUCGCCCCCUUCCUCCUCCUCCUCCUCCUCCUCCUCCUCCCUGGCAGGGCAACCGGGGCGCAACCCCAUUGAGUCCGAGGGGGAUCCCUCUCGGGUAUAAGAGGGGAGGGAUCAUCGCAGCCCUCUCGCUUUGCUGCCAAAGAACCUCAGGCUGCAGAACGGCAAAAGCCCGCAGCAGCAAUAAUAGCAAUAAUAAUAAUAAGGAAAUCCCCGGACUCGUUUGACCUCAUCCCGUCCUCAGGACUCCCUGCAUUGCAGAGAAGCUGGCCCGCGAUGCAGCUAGGGGGGAGGCGGGCGCGCCGGCUGGUUUGCAAUCGGGCCCGAUCCCCGGAUCGCGUCCCCGUCCAGCCUUCCUAGAAGAGCCUUUCUCUCUCUCUCUGCCAUGAUCUUCUCCGGCAGCGGCUUCUUGCCCCCGCCGCCGCUGCCGGCGCGGAGAGGCUGCGCGCCCUUCCUGGCCCUGGCGGGGAUGGCGGGGUGCCUGGGUGGGGGGCAGCCCCGGAGGAGCCGCAGCGGGGCCCCCUCCCGGCGCCUGCGGGUCCUGGUGGACAUGGACGGGGUGCUGGCCGACUUCGAAGGCGGCUUCCUCAAGAAGUUCCGCGCCAGGUACCCGGGCCAGCCUUACAUCGCCCUGGAGGAUCGCCGGGGCUUCUGGGUUUCCGAGCAAUACGGGCAGCUGGCCCCCGAGCUGAGCGAAAAAGCUAUCAGCAUUUGGGAAUCAAAGUAUUUCUUCCUAGAACUCGAUCCUUUGCCAGGAGCCGUAGAAGCUGUUAAGCAGAUGGCAAAAUUAGAAGCGACAGAUGUAUUCAUAUGCACGAGUCCCAUCAAAAAGUAUCACUAUUGCCCCUAUGAAAAGUAUGCCUGGGUGGAAAAGCAUCUGGGCAAGGAGUUUCUGGAGCAGAUCGUCCUCACCCGGGAUAAGACGGUGGUCUCGGGUGACCUGCUGAUCGACGACAGGCCGGACAUAAUAGGUAAAGGGGUUGGCCCUGACAAAAGACAUCAGCUUGCCCCAAGCUUGGAAAACAAGCACCUGGAGCUCCCCCCUCCUUGGCGCCGGCUGUGCUCCUGGGCCGAUGACUGGAAAGCCCUCUUGGAUAGCAAGCGAGGGCUGUAGCGCCAGGCUUGGGGAAGGGGUUUCCCUCAGCAAACCCAGAGAAGCUCAGCCGUGGGGCGUAAUUUAGGGCGAAAUCCAUACACGGACCCCCCCCAAAGCAUAAAGGGGAAGGGGCUUGGGUUUGGCUACGGGGCCAGAAAUGAGGGUCAGGAACAACUUCCCCCAAGAAGACACAGUGUGAUGAGAAGGCAACCCCCCCCGCCGGUUUGCUGACAUUGUUACAAAGCUGCCCAUGGGGGGGCCCACAGAAGGGACAAAGGAUCCAGGCCACCUCAGGAGAGGUUGCUAGACCUUGUGCCUGACUCCCUCUGGCCCAAGAGGGCAUCUCUGGCUCGGGGUGGACCAGGGAGGGGUUCCCUCGGCCACUUUUCAGCUUUCUAUGUGGCUUCCCUAGAGACGGUGGCCUUCCUUUGCCUCUGCUAAUAAUGUGGGGGGGGGGGAGAAUGACUGUGUUUCCAGGACUCCAAUCUUCUUUCUCUCAGCAAAUCACCUUGGAAAUUUUCUGAGACACAGGCGCAUCCUUGGAAAUCGCCACUUCUGGUCCCCCACCCACCAAUUCCUAGUCAAAACCCAAAACAGGAGCAUAGAGUCCUCAGGAAUUCUAUGUUGUGGGAUAGAACUUCAGAUUGUUAAUGUUUGGACACUGGAAUCAAAGCUUGAUUUCAGGGCUAAAGCCUCUUGAGGCCUCGUUUCAAUUAACUGAUCUUCUUUUUCCCUCCCGGUUGGGCUUUUCCCUCAGUGUAAAAACUUUGAACUGCCCUAGAUCCGUCUGUUUCUAUAACUGGCAAUGUUGUUGACGAAUAAAUUGGACUGAGAAUCAA